UGCGGGGGUGGGUUGAUGAGUGAGCUGUACAGUGAUCAGUGUAACUCAUGUCAUGUCCACCCCCUCCGAGGACUCCGCGCUGCCCCUUUAUCUGCGCCCAUAGCGAGCCCCGCACAGGCUGAGCACAGCACCGAGAGGAGGACCGCAGCCAUGGCCGUGAUGUUCUCCGCGCUCCACGUACUCUUUCUGUCGCAGCUGGUGACAUCGGCACUCGCCCAGAGGCCGGGUCCUCGAGGCACUGUGGGGACGACGGGGCCACCGGGACCCCCAGGGAAAGAUGGCAUCGAUGGGAAACCUGGCCCUCCUGGACUCCCCGGAAAGCCUGGCCCGAAAGGAAAAGCGGGUGGCCCUGGGGCCGCGGGGAGCCCGGGACUGCCUGGCCUUCCUGGUGUGGAUGGGUUGACCGGUCCGGACGGUCCAGCUGGUAAAGACGGGCCCCCAGGAGCAGCAGGAGACCCAGGACCUCCCGGACCAGACGGACCCCCUGGCAGAGGUAGACCAGGAGCUCUGGGUCUUGCUGGAGAGAACGGGCUUCCAGGUGGAGCGGGCCCUCAGGGGCCGCCGGGGCCGGAGGGUCUUCCAGGACUUCCUGGUCUUGCAGGCGUAGAUGGACCUCCUGGACUUCCAGGAACUCUUCCUGAAGGCAAUGGAGAUCUGCUGUGUCCGGCCAUCUGUCCUCCGGGUCCUCCUGGACCGCCUGGGAUGCCUGGAUUCAAGGGUCAUACAGGUCAUAAAGGAAGCAAGGGAGAGCUGGGGAAAGACGGAGAGAAGGGUGAUCAGGGGCCGCCCGGUCCUCCGGGAACACCAGGGACAGUGGGAUUACAGGGCUCUCGAGGGCUGAGGGGUCAGCAGGGGCCCGGGGGACCAGUGGGAGACAGAGGAUUGCCUGGUUUCAGAGGAAAGCCUGGAAUUGCUGGCGUCAUUGGGAAAACCGGUGAUGCUGGUGAAAAGGGACCUCAAGGUUUCAGAGGGCCCAAAGGAGAGAUAGGGAAGAUCGGCCCCAAGGGAGUCCCUGGAGGUCCGGGACCUAAAGGCGAGCCUGGCAUCCCAGGCCGGGAUGGGAAGGAUGGGACUCAAGGACUAGACGGUGAAAAGGGGGAUGCUGGUAGACCUGGAGUCUCUGGAGAAAAAGGACCUAAUGGUCUGCCUGGUUUGCCAGGAAAAGCUGGAGCAAAAGGUGCCAAAGGAGGAGUGGGCAGUCCAGGAGAGAUGGGAGAAGCAGGACCCUCUGGAGAGCCAGGUAUACCUGGCGAGAUCGGCAUCCCUGGAGAGAGAGGAGAAGCUGGACCCCGAGGAGUGGCUGGUGGCGUUGGACUAGCUGGAAACACUGGACCCCAGGGUGUUAAAGGAUUCCAGGGUGUUAAAGGAGCGCUGGGCGACCCGGGGCUGCCGGGGCCCACGGGCAUCAGAGGCGGGUUUGGCGAGAGGGGUCCCACUGGAGCUGGAGGGCCUAAAGGAGAUAUGGGAGUUGCUGGGAGUGAUGGUCUGCCAGGGGAGAACGGGGAGCCGGGUCCGUACGGCCCCGUCGGCCAGAAAGGAGAGGCCGGCAAGCGAGGGGAACUGGGAGCCAAAGGAGUUGUGGGACCCCAGGGAGAGACUGGAGCCAGAGGGGCUCCUGGGAAACCGGGACCAAUGGGAUUCCAGGGAGAACAGGGUUUCCCAGGCGUCUCGGGCAAGACUGGUGUUCCUGGCAAACUGAGCAGUGAGCAGCACAUCAGGGAACUGUGUGGCUCCAUGAUCGAUGACCAGAUCGCUCAGCUCGCUGCGAACCUGAGGAGACCCCUGGCCCCUGGCGCCGUGGGACGGCCUGGACCCGCCGGGCCCCCGGGACAGCAAGGAGAGGCGGGAUCCAUCGGGCACCCCGGACCCCUCGGCCCGCCGGGCUACAGAGGACUGCCAGGAGACCUGGGAGAUCCCGGCCCUCGAGGGGAUGUUGGAGAGCCGGGCGAUAAGGGGCCCGUGGGGAAAGCCAUCGAAGGGCCCGUCGGAGACCAGGGGGAACCGGGUGAGUACACGAGCGGGACUGCAGACGGAAACCUGCUCUUCUCUCAGAUCUCCUCUGCAGCUCAGUUAUUUGCGUCUUCUGUGUGGCGCAAGCUGCUAAACCACGUGUCCACGAAUCCCGAACCAUUGCGGUCGUGGGUUCGAAUCCUGUGUGGCACAUGCCCAGACCGCAAGAGGAUCUCCUCUGCAGCUCAGUUAUUUGCGUCUUCUGUGUGGCGCAAGCUGCUAAACCACGUGUCACGAAUCCCGAACCAUUGCGGUCGUGGGUUCGAAUCCUGUGUGGCACAUGCCCAGACCGCAAGAGGUACUGUGGCCUUAAGUGGUGGAAAAGUUGUUUCAGUUCUAGACAUGGUGUCUGUCUGA